AUGGGAAGAAUAGUAAUCAGAGAUCUUAUAGGAUUCAUCAAAGACAAGGCAUCACUAUUCAAAGCUGCCUUAGUUCCGAAACCUAGCACUCUCUCUCUCCGCUUGGCGGUCCUCCGCGUCACCACCCACUCUCCUCCGGCUCCGCCCAAUGACGGCCAGCUUUCCAACCUCCUCCUGCUCGGAGACAGCUCACGGGCCACAGCUUCCGCCAUCAUUGCAACCCUCAUGGACCGCCUACACCGAACCAGAAACUGUAUUGUUGCUUUAAAGUGCCUUAUGACCAUUCAUCACAUCAUCAAGCAUGGCCCAUUCAUUCUCCAAGAUCAGAUUUCAAUUUUUCCAGUCUCAGGCGGGUUCAAUUACCUGAAGUUAUCGGCUUUUCGCGAUGGUUCCACAGCCACCACGUGGGCCCUCUCUGCAUGGGUCAGGUGGUACGCGCGUUACCUGGAAACCCUACUUUCCAGUUCUAGGGUUUUAGGCUAUUUUCUUUGCUCAUCUUCUUGCAGCACAGUUAAAGAGAAUCAAGAACAGAGAAUUCCGUCUUUCUUGGACGCUGAUUUGAUCAGAGACGUUGAUUCUUUGGUUGGAUUGGUUGAGGAAAUGUGCGAAGUACCUGAUUUUCUCCUACUUGAACGUAACAUGCUGUUAAACGAGAUCAUGAUAUUACUUUCCAAUGACUAUUUAUCGGCAGUUAAUGAAAUUUUAGUAAGAAUAGGCGAGUUGAGGGAGAGGUUGAGUUGUCUGAGUUUCUGCGACUUAACUCGGUUAGUACGUGCUUUGAAGAGAUUACAAGAUUGUAAAGAAAAAUUAUUAGCGUUGUUCACCCCAAGAAAAACAUCAAUAGAGACAUUAUGGGGUUUGAUUGAGGAAUUAUAUGAAUUGUUGGAUUUUGGGAGAGGAAAGGCAAGUGAGUUGGCUCGGCUGGAACAGCGAGUUGUAAAUUCUGGUGACUCGGUGCAAUUCCGAUCAGGUAGGUUUUCUUUCUUGGUCCAAACAAAUUAA